AGAAUAGCCUAGAUUUAUUUUAGGUUUUUUUUUUUAAAUAAAAUAACCAAAGUUGCUCCAAAGACGCCAUUUCCGGUAAACCGUCAAGUUUGGGCAGUGAGUUGAGCAAAUAACAACAGCACAGGUAAACCCAGAAAACACAGAACAAUGUAAUGCGAAUUCCGACUACAUUUCGUCUCUCAUCCAAUGCAUUCCGCAACAACCACUACCCAUCAUCAUCAUCAUCAUCUUUCAUACAUCCUCCAAACCCAGUUCACCAAUUGUUCGAAUCACGCAUAAUCUCUCUUCUAAACGCCUGCACACACCUCACCCAUCUCAGAGCAGCUCAUGCUCGCAUCUACCGUUGUGGCCUUGAUCAAAGCAGCUAUGUUCUCACCAAACUCAUCCGCAUUUUCACCAAAUUCAACUCUCCCAUGGCUGGCUACCCUCGCGCCAUUUUCUCCCAGGUUUGUCACCCAAAUUCGUUUCUUUGGACUGCUUUGAUUCGUGGGUAUGUUGUUAAUGGACCGAUUUCGGAAGCUUUAGUGUUGUAUGAUUGUAUGAGGGAAAAUGGAGCUUUACCCACUUCUUUUACUUUCUGUGCUCUGUUCAAGGCUGCUACUUUAAUGGGGGAUGUGGGUUUGGGCUGUCAAUUACAUGGGCAGAUGUUUAAGUAUGGUGGGUUUUCGUCGGAGUUGUUUUUGAAUGCUGGGAAUACGUUGAUUGAUUUGUAUGUGAAAUGUGGUGUUUUGGAAUGUGCACACAAGGUGUUUGAUGAAAUGCCUGUGAGAGAUGUUGUAUCUGGGACUUCAUUGAUUGUUGCUUAUGCUAAGGGGGGAGCGAUGGAGGCUGCUAUGCAGUUGUUUGAUGAGCUUGAUGUGAAGGAUGCAGUGGUAUGGACUGCUAUGAUUACAUCGUAUUCGCAGAACGCUCGUCCUAAGGAUGCUUUGGAUAUGUUUGAUAGGAUGCAGUGUUGUGGGAUUGAAGCUGAUGAGUUUACAUUGGCUGGUGUUAUCUCAGCGUGUGCUCAGCUUGGUACAACUAAUUAUUUGACGCGCAUAAGGGAUAUUGCUGAAAGAUCAGGAUAUGGGCCUGAUGGAAAUGUUGUUAUUGGGUCUGCAUUGGUAGAUAUGUAUGCCAAAUGUGGGAGAGUGGAUGGAGCAUAUGAGAUUUUUAAGGUGAUGAAAGAAAGGAAUGUGUACACUUACAGUUCGAUGAUUUUGGGGUUUGCAGUGCAUGGUCGUGCUGCUGAAGCAAUUCAAUUGUUCUACGAGAUGGAUAAGACAGAUAUAAGACCGAACAAGAUCACUUUGAUUGGGGUUCUUACAGCAUGUAGUCAUGCUGGAAUGGUGAAUGAAGGUCGUCAGUUAUUUAGAAGCAUGGAGGAAAAAUAUGGCGUCAUCCCCACUGGUGAUCACUAUACUUGUAUGGUUGAUCUUCUUGGACGAUCUGGUCACUUGGAAGAAGCCCUUGCCCUUGCCAAAUCAAUGCCACUCGAUCCUCAUGGGGGUGUGUGGGGUGCAUUACUUGGAGCUUGUAGAAUUCAUAACAAUCCUGACAUUGCUCAGGUUGCUGCCAGCCAUUUAUUUGAACUCGAGCCCAAUAAUAUAGGAAAUUAUGUCUUGCUUGCUAACAUUCUUUCAUCAGCUGGAAGAUGGGAUAGUGUUACAAGAGUGAGGACACUGAUGAAAAUCAAGGGUUUGAAAAAGAUUCCUGCGCGUAGCUGGGUGGAAGGACAGAAAGGAAGUAUACAAGAAUUCUUUGCUGGAGACCUGACUCAUCCAAGAUCCAGAGAUAUUAUGCAGGUGUUGGAAGACCUUCUAACUAGGUUGAAGCUUCUUGGAUACCAACCUAAUUUAAAUUCAGUGAGUUAUGACAUUAGUGAUGAUGACAAGAGACAAAUACUAAUGACUCACAGUGAGAAGUUGGCUUUAGCUUAUGAAUUAUUGACUACUGAAUCUGCUCAUACGAUCAGGAUUAUGAAGAACCUUAGAAUUUGCGAGGACUGCCAUAUUUUUAUGUGUGGUGCUUCUAAGAUUACUGGGAGGGAGAUUGUUGUACGGGACAACAUGAGAUUUCAUCAUUUUCGAGAUGGAUCAUGCUCCUGUGGAAAUUUCUGGUGAUAUAGCUUUUGUUGAAUUACUGAGUGAUCAGUGAUAAUUAGAUACGGAAUAAUUCUCAAGUAGAUAUCAUCUACCUGAUAGGAUGGUGAUAGUGACUAAAGAUGAUCUGGUGAUCUGGUCCUCAGUGUUUGUUGAACAUGAUAACAUGAGCCCUUUAUCGAAAUGUUAAAAUGCACUUGUGACUUGUGAGGAUUUGUAAAGGAUGCAGCUCAACUUCCUGGGACUGAAAUUGAUGGGAUCUGCUUGCUGGGCAAAAUGGCAAAUGUGCAUCCUUGAUUGCCAGAGAUGGGAACUAUCCGCCAUCAUCAUAUUCAUCGGAAUUGUGCUGACAUGCAAGUAAGAAGGAUUGAUUAUGACAAAGGGGUGCUUGUUGAUUCAUAGGUUCAAUGCUGCGUAAGUUAUUUAGUUAUCGCAUCUGUCACAUAUCUACUGAGUGUUGAUUUUGUUUAAACUUGUGCUAUCCUGACUGCUGAUUCUGAUUAAUAAAAAGAUUAAUGCCUCAUUUUUAAUUUUCUUUAUUAAAGCCGUGUGUGCCUUAAUGAUGCUUUGUGCUGUUUGAUGCAUUCCACGUCUGUUGAUGGUGCGUGUUUAUUUUGCCUAAUCCUCAUAGAAGCUUAUUCCCCUGUGGCAUGUAUCAGAUUUAACAUAAUAUUCUACUUUAUUUUGGGGGAGGAGUAAGAAAUCUGUGAGCUUGGAUGUGGUGCCUAAUGUUUCAUACGAGUACAAAAAACCAUACUAACUAGCUUUCAAGUUACAAUUAUGGAAUCUGCAUAAGCCUCAAAGCCUACGUUUCCCGAUGUAAGAUCUAACAUGUGGCAACUCAUAGGCUUCAUAGUAGAGGAUUGUUGUGAGUACGUGUAACGAUUACAUGACCUUCGUUCCCAUCUAUGCUUAUCAAAUCCAAGAGCCCUUCCUCCUCCUAUCUUAUUAACUAAUCUAAUUUAUACGGUUCCAAUCCAACCCACUUAUAUUAUUGUCUAGUCAUUUAUAAAUCCUGCAAAACAAAGGGUUUAGGUAUCUUUUUGGGAUUGAUUUAUCAUUCCUUGAAUUAAUAAGAUGAGUCAGAAUCCAGGCCAUCAAGUUGAUCCAAGACAUGAGCAAACUCGCGGGAUAACCUCACAUGGAGCUGCGUCAACUAGAUCAUCGAGUUCAAGUUCAGUAACGCAGCCAUUCAUUCAGGAUUCUCCUAAAGGUGGCUUAUUCAUUAUUUCUGAAGGGAGCCAGCAAAAACAAAAGGAGUAUUGGGAUCUUAAAACAGCAGCAUUCAGCUCUCCUUAUUAUGAUCCGUUUGCUGAGGGUGAGGAAAAGGAGGUGGAGAUUGUUAGUCCGGUUGAUCGUCAAGGUGACAGAUCUGGCAGUCUUCGUCUGGGGAGCUCCCUAUGAUAAGGCUCGAGAAAUUUAUAGUUUGAAGGUUAUCCGCCGAUUAGAAUUUUGCCAGUUGCAAAGGAAGUAUGUUGAAUUUCUUUUCUGCGUCAAUUCAGAACUACAAAAGGGUUUGCUCAAGUUUUAAUUAUAACAAGUGACUAAGUGAUUCUUCGAAGCUACAUAAACUCAAAUGCAAAGAAGGAAAAAUUUAGUGAUAACCAAAACAAUAUACUGAUGAGUGAUGACUGAUGAGUACUUAAAUUCCUACUUGUUAAUUUUCAGUUAAGUUAGAAGCAAGCCUUAAAAACCGCCAUUUGAAGGAUCAAAGAGUGGGAAGAAUUAAUCUCAGGGGAAUAAAAAUUCAACGGAGUUUUAUCUUGUUAGUUGAUACUUUCUUGCAAUUUUUUACUCCGUAUUGUUUAUAAAUAUUAUUCUUGAUUCAUUCUCCAUAACUUAACUCCAAAUUGCCAAAGCAUACUUUGUUCAGUUUUAUAUAAUUGAGAUUGAGAUUUGGUGUUAUACUAGUAUAUUAAUCAUUGUUGAAAGAAAUGGCAAGUUCAGAAUACCAUACAGCCGAUACAGUACAAAAUAUAUUAUAGGACAAUAAUAGGGAUAGAUAAGCAUCAGCUUAAAAUAGCGGCAGCUUGAGUACGGUGCUGUCACAACCGUCAGCGCAUACUAAUCGAUGCGGUGCAGAGAUGCUGGCAGAGAAGUGUCCAACUGUCCUUAGCCGGCAUUAAACAGGCGUCUCUGCAGCAUACGUGCCAUCAUAUGGCGAAUGCCACACUAUGCAUGAGGCUAACAUAAAUGACACGUAAUAAUUGAAACAGCUGUGCUCUCAUGUUGUUUUAGUUACAAGUCCAAAGGUAAACUUGAUCAACAUUCAGCAAGUUAUAGAACUGUACUGAAAGUAGUUUAAUAACCUUACUUUGUUAAAAAUUUAGGACAAAGGGGGAAAAGUAAUUAAAUUUGGUGAUGGCAGAUGCUCAAAGAGGAGGUCAGGGAGGUGAUCGUGGUGGCAGAACCACAGAUGACCCGUACAACAGAACUACAGGGGCAGGACUUUGGACUGCAGGAUUCAAUGACUCUACAACUGACAUAGGUAAUGGUACUAGUACAGGUUGUGGUACUGGUGGUACUAAUAAUGCGUCCCAAGAGCAAGUAGCCAGGAAUCCUUUGUCGCGAGACCCAAGGAAGGGUCAGGGUCAAGGUGAAGGUCAAGUUCAGGUUCGUGGCCAUACCAGAGAUGAAGGAACUGUCGAUUGCAGGCCAGACCCUACUGGUGGUUACUUUGACUUUCGUCGUGGCUGAUCGAACUGUGUUAUGAAUUACUCCGUAGGUGCUUCCGUAGGUGCUAAGGUUUUUUUGUUGUACUACUUACUAUUGUAUGUCUAUACAGAAUAACAAAGAUUGAGCAAUGCAUAAUUGCAUAUAUGCAUGCGCUGUAUUAUUUUUUUUUUUUUUUUUGUGCUUGAACCUCUGUAUCUCUAUACAGAAUGAAAAUCAUAUUGUAAGCUUAUCAUAUCUUUGAUUUUCUGCUUCGUGUUA